AUGUGUGUUAAGAAAGUUGAAUCUGAGAACAAGUCUUUGCUAAAGAAAAUUGAAGCAUAUCAGACAGAAAUUGAUAUUCUAAAAGUUAAAGUAGCAGAGUUAGAAGAAGAGAAAGCGCACAGAGACGAACAAAAUAAGUACUUUGAAUUGAAGAACAAAGAACUUGAAGCUGCCAAAGCAAUGAAAGAACAUGAGUUGUAUAUGAUGAAUAAAGUGCCUGAAAAUAUGCUCGGAAAGUCUAUAGAACAGAGGUUUGAAGAGAUAGAAGUUGAAAAGUUAAGAGCAAAAUGUCAAGCUGAAAUUGAUGCUGAAAUGAAGUAUAAAGGAAAGAUGAUGUGUUCAGAAUCUCCUGUUCAGAAUCCUCGCCCGAUAUCUGCUGUGUCUGCUAUCUUUAAGGAAGAUGUGUUACUCGAAGAUGAUGAUGAGGAAGAUAAAGUUGAUGAUGCAGAUGAUGUGUUCUCUGCAAGCAGUCAUAGUGACGAUGGUAAUGAUGAUGAUGAUAGUCAGGGUGGUACUGGUGUCAAAGUUACUGAAGCGUCAAAUGAACAGAAUGUUGAUGAUUAUAUGCAUGAUGAUGCGAAUGAAGAUCAUGAGAGUGCUGAAGGUGAGGGGGAGCAAGUGGAUGAUCAAAAUGUUGAUACAGUUGAAAAGUUGAUUUUACGUCUGGAGCCUGAAAUAGAGGAAGGUGAAAUUAGGCACACGUAUACAAUGGCUGAGAUUAUCGAGCUGACGAAAAUUGAUGAUCCUGAUUUUAAGUUUGAUUUUGAAGAAGAGUUGAAUGCUUUCGAUAUCAACCAACAACCUGAGUAUGAGUACAAGUAUGUUGAUGAGGCUGAUAACUAUGAUAGGGUUGAGGUUGAGGAUUGUACUGAUGAAGAUAGUGUGAAUGAAGAUACUUCAGAAUUUCCAACUCUUGUAGAGUUCUUCAUUCAAGAGAACAUAGAUGAACUAAGGAGAAAGGUUGCUGAAAUUCUGAAAGAUAAGAAAUUUGAUUGUACGACAAAAGAUCCACAGAAGGAAGAAAGAAAGAAGUGGUUCCGUAAAGAUACUGAAAGGAAGUUCAAGCGUCCUUUGAAGUUUUACAAGAGAGAUAGAGAUGUUCCGCUUGGUGAUAUCAUUAGCUGGGGAUUUCUACCUCAAGUUAAUGCAUAUGCUAUUCGUAGAGAAUACGGUGUGCAAUACUUUGAACGUCUUUAUGAUAUUAUGUCCCUACCUUGGUGGGAUGUAGAAGAGUUGUCAAAGGUUAGAACAUUGGGCUACCCAAUCAGAAAGAAUGAUGUGCCUAUGUGGGGUUUGAUAAAGUAUGAAUUGUUGAAAAACUUCAAGCACUAG